AUUGGUUUGAAUUUAAAUUUAAUAUAAUCGAAUAGGUAGUAAACAAUGGUUUGGGCUUUGCUUCCCGUCGAUCCUUCUUCAGCUGAAGAAAUAGGAGAAGAAGAUAAGUACUAUAUUUUCAAGAACGGAACGUAUACUGUGGGUCGAAAAGGGUGUGAUGUCAUCAUUCACAAAGACAAGGGCAUGUCCAGAAUCCAUGCUCACAUAAUGGUCGAUGGAAUGACUCAAUCAUAUCAAGUUACAAUCAAAGAUUUGUCCAAGUACGGGACAUUCAUUAACAAGAAUCUCACUUCUAACAAGAAAGUUCAUCAAUUUCCUAAUAAAUAGACCUCUCUGGAAGAUGGGGACCUUCUUUCUUUGGAACUGGAAAU